AUGUCUAUUAUUUGUGAGAAUAUGACACCUACUCCUACGGUUCUACCUUCAUCUGAAUUGGAAAGGCCCAAUCCCCUGCCACUUCCUUAUAUUGAGACUCCUCUUAUCCCCUCGCUAUAUUUAUCAGAGAGAGUUGGUUGCUCAGUAUACUUGAAGCUGGAACAAGUACAACCAUCAGGCUCUUUUAAAUCUCGUGGACUUGGAAACCUUGUCUACGAAACCAUUCGCAGUUCUCCAUUUGGUUCACAAUUCCACUUUUUCAGUUCAUCUGGGGGAAAUGCUGGAUGUGCAACCGCCUAUGCUGCUAAGCUUUAUAAACAAAAGUGCACGGUAUGUGUACCUAUUAGCACUCCAGUAGCAAUGGUCGAGAGAAUCAGACGUGCUGGUGCAAAUGUUGUCGUACAUGGCAAAUAUAUUGCCGACUCCGAUAAGUAUUUGCGAGAAGAGUUGAUUCCUUCUUCUGAUUUACCCGCUGUUUACUGUCAUCCUUAUGAUAAUGAGCUUGUAUGGGAAGGAAAUUCUACUUUGGCAAGUGAGAUUGUUUCUCAGAUGAGCAUUCUUGGGCAAAAGAAGCCCUCUGCUGUGAUUUGCUCUGUAGGGGGCGGAGGCAUGUUCAAUGGUCUUGUCCAAGGCUUCCAAAAGGCUAAUUGGCAAGAUGUGCCUAUUUUAGCAGUUGAGACUGAGGGGUGUGCAACUCUUAAUAAAUCUAUCAAAUCUGGUGGCCAGCAGGUUCGUGUUGAGCAUCCCUCCACCAUUGCAAGAUCUCUUUCGACAGUUUCAGUCACUAGAGAAACUAUCGACUACGCCAUGCAUAAACAUCCCACCCAUUCUAUGACUGUCAGUGACGCUGAAGCUGCAACAGCCUGUAUCGAAUUCGCAAAUGACCACAAGCUUUUAAUUGAAGCAGCAUGUGGUACUGCUCUGGCCCCUUUAUAUACAAACCGCAUCCAUGAAGUCGUGCCUGGUCUUUCUGCGGACUCUGUUCUGGUAGUAGUUGUCUGUGGAGGCACAGCUGUUAACUGGGAAAUCCUUGAGCAAUAUUCUAAAGAAUAUGGAGUUCCUCUCUAUUGA